ACACGCAAACAAACCGUUACUCCAGUGUUUACGCUGAUAACGGAAGUUCAGCGCGGCGAUCGAACCGUUAAAGGAGCUCAGCUGUAAGUGUUUAAUGGAGCGUUAUGAGUCUCUGGGUCUGGUCGGGGAGGGCAGUUACGGCACUGUGCUGAAGUGCCGUCACCGAGACUCCGGACGCCUCGUCGCCAUCAAGAAGUUCGUGGACUCAGACGAUGACAAGACGGUGAAGAAGAUUGCCCUGAGGGAGAUCAAGCUGCUGAAGCAACUGCAUCACGACAACCUGGUGAACCUUCUUGAAGUCUGGAAGCGUCGCCGCCGUUGGUAUCUGGUUUUCGAGUUUGUGGAGCGAACCCUUCUGGAUGACCUGGAGCAAAACCCCAGUGGACUGGACCUGAACACCAGCCGGCAGUACCUGUACCAGAUCCUGAGGGCUGCUGCUUUCUGCCACCAGCAAAAUAUCAUCCACCGGGACAUCAAACCAGAGAACAUUCUCAUCUCUCAGGGGGGUGUGGUUAAGAUGUGCGACUUCGGCUUUGCCAGGACCAUGACAUCGCCAGCUGAGGGGGGCGUCUACACUGACUAUGUGGCCACUCGCUGGUACAGAGCACCUGAACUGCUGGUGGGAGACACCAAGUACGGAAAACCGGUAGAUGUGUGGGCUGUUGGUUGUCUGUUAUUAGAGAUGUUAACAGGUCAGCCUCUCUUUCCUGGAGACUCCGACCUCGACCAAAUCUACCACAUUGUCAGGUGCUUUGGUAACCUGACAGCUCAUCACCAGGAGAUGUUCUACAGGAACCCCGUCUUCUCUGGAGUCAGACUGCCUGAAUGUUCUGGAAAAGUCCCACUGGAGCAGCGCUUCCCUACAAUCACACCCAGUGCUCUGGACCUGGCUCAGAACUGUCUCCAGAUGGAUCCAGAAAGACGAGCUGAGUGUUCAGAACUGCUAGAACAUCCUCUGUUCACACAAGACUCUUUCCAUAUAAGAUUUUUGGAUGAGCUGAAUGCCAAGAUCCAAAAAGACCACAGAGAAAAUUCAACCCUUCCCAAAAUAACCAAAACCCCAAGACGAGAAAGGAGCGAAGGGGAUGACAAGAACUGGAGAAGCAAAGACAAGACUGCCGGUGAGAAAGUUAACAAGGAAAAGGAGAGGAAGGAAGAAGAGAAGAUGAUGAAAACAAAAGGAAAGCAACCUUCGAAGCUUUCUAAAAGUAUUCGGAACACUUCAGAACCAUUGAUUUCCACCAAACAAUCUAAAACGUUAGGCGCCAAGAUUAUUGAUAAUGCAGCAAAAACGACUGUGGCCAUUAAAGGUAAAGCAGGAAAGGCCACUGGUGUGGAUCUGAGAAAAGAACCUGAGAUUUCUAAAUCAAUCAAGACCCUUAAUUCUGAUUUAUUUGGGGCAGAAAAGCCUGAUCUGAGGGAUAACAACACAGUGGUAGCUAAACCUAAAUAUGGGAAAGUCGCUUCUCCAGAGAACAUGGAAGAUCAUUUGAAAACUAUGGAUACAAAAGGCAGAGAUUCUGGUUGCUUGCAUUCUAGUUACCCCAACAACAUUGUGUCAGGUGUGACCUACCAAUCAGAGCCAAGUCAAGGCUUUGGGAAGAGCUUGAACAAUUCAAACACAAAAGUACCCAACUUGUCUAAGAACUCAACCAUUGACCAUUCAUAUUGGAGUACAUCACAGAAAGCCUCUUUGAAGUCAACCAUUGAUCAUACAGACCCACACUUAACACAGAAAGUUAGUAAAAAUUCCACUACAGAAUGCCCUGAAGGUGCUUCAACAGUUGUAACUUCUAAAAUAUCAAACAGUGACCAAGUUGAGACAAGCAUGACACUUCAAUCAUCACAACAGUCAAGCAAUGACCACAUCUAUCCCCCAACUAUCCCCUCUGACACCAAGCCAUGCAAGACAACUACAACUCUGGAGCAUCACACCAAUUGCUCAGCGCCGGACAGAGAGCAAACAAGAACCUCUGAGUGUCCAAAAGUCUUAGCCUCAAAUCCUAAGCCAUCCAAGAAUACCUCAAACUCGGUCCCCAAAAUGACCAAAAACAACACAUCUUUGUCCACCAGUCCCUCAAAGACUCUAACCUCAGAUCAUUCAAGGCAGUCCUCCACAGUCUUUAUGGAGGCCAGUCCUGCCCACAGCACUGCAACACUACCUCAAGAAACCUCAACUUCAAAGGUGCCUAAAACAUACUCAUCAUCAGAUCCUAAACCCACAAAUGACACCUGUGUACCUAACAAAUCUUCAAGGGGUGCUCCAAUAGACGGGGAACUUACAGAAGUAUCUAUUACAACCAAAAAUCAGCAGGGUAUCAAUGAGGAUCAUGGGUGCUUGAGGAUGAGCCCAGCUGCAAACCACUUUGAGAUAUCCAAUGCUUCAGGUGGAGAUUACAAAGAGAAUCCUGGAUCUUCAGAGCCCUCUAGUGUCCAUCUGCAGAGCACUUCGAAAUCCAAGAUCAUAACAGAAUCCAGAACAACUUCAACAUCCAUGCCAAGUAAUAUACUUAAAACUACUAUGUCACUAGAGGCCAUUAUUCCGAACACAUUGACCGUCUCGGAUAAAGAGAACAAAGAGGACUCAGAGCAUUCUUUAUCCAUUAGUCCAACAACCAAGUCUUUAGUAAAUCAAACCUCAAAGGUUUCUGGAAUCUCAAAUAUUGAGCAAAAGAACAACAGCAGUGAAGCUGAACCGAACACAAAAUCUGUGAAACCUCCUCAUUUUAAAUCUUUGACAGGCGAACCAAAAACAAAGCUUGGAUCUUUUAGCAACCACACCAAGUCUACUGCAACAAUGACCCUAAAGACUCAGAAAACUACUUUUCCUGUAGAGGCAAGAAAGAAAAGAGACAACCCAGAAAGGGACGGCACAGCAAUUAUAUCCACUAUCACAGAUUCAACUUCAUUCACCUCUGCAACGACUCCAGACCACAAAGUUUCAUCAAGAAGCUCCAUCUUUCACAACAUGGACACUGCAGAUGUUCAUGAGUUUUCCCCCAGUGUACCCCAUUCCUCUCCACCGCCUCCUCCUCCUCCUCCCUCUUCCACUCCUCUACUCCUCCCUCCAUCCUCAACACCCUUUAUCCCCCCCUUCUCUGUUGUCGAACCAGCCGCCGGAAAUCACCUUUCCCCGGGGGCAGGUGUCCAUCCUGGGACCCACAGCCAUAGGUGUUCAGACAAGUCCAGGCAUCAUGGUGGCAUUUACAGUCGACUGUCUGGCCACAUUACCGGAUCCCUCGCUGCACAGGUGUCAGAGAAGAGUCUGUCUGAUCGCUGUAACCUUGGCAACAGCAGUGGCAUUACAGCAACCAAAAAGAAGUCAGACAUCCAUUUCCCAGAUCUGAGAAGCUCAGUGCUGCCAGAGCUCAGAGGAAGAGAAGGCAAACACAACAAAGGAAUUUCGAAGGAUCAGAGGAAAGACAAACAGCAAGUUCUUCCAUCAGAACCACAGCAGCACGGACACAACAGCACUGAGACACAAUCACCAUAACGGACGCCCCUGUCAGACAUGCACCUCUCUAGUUUAAUGUGAUGUCAACAUGGAC